AUGGGGCUGUGCGGGGUCUGCUUCCCCGCGGCUCUGCUCGUCCUCGCAGCCGCAGGGGUCCGGAGCCGGGAGGCGGGACCGUGCGCCCUCCACGUGCUGGUGGCCCUGGAUGUCACGGACUACCAGCAGUCCAACCUGCAGCCCUACCUGGAGCGGGUUCUGCGGGACCUGGCCGCGCUGGACCGCCUCACCUGCAGCCCGCUGGACCUGAGCAUCAGCCUGCAGAGCACGCAGCGGGAUGGGGAAACCUUCUUCCAGGACCGGCUGCAGGAGCCCUGGAUGGACGUGUUGCAACGCCUGGCGCGGGCGCAUGCCUUCCAGCGCUCCUACUUCAACCAGCCCGCCCUGCAGAGCUUCCUCGGCACCCUGGCACGGCAGACGGCCGAUGCCAAGGUGCUGCUGGUGUUCACGGAUGGGCUGGACGAUGAUGCAGGGAAGAUGAAGGAGGAGGCAACAUCGGCUUGGAUGCAAGAUCAAGCUCACCUGCUGGUGACGGUGGCGGUGAACAACGCCACGGGGCUGGGGGACCUGCAGCAGGUGGAGUUUGGGCGAUGGCUGGGGAGCGGGCAGCAGCUCGCCGUGGACAUGCCGGAGGCCGGCGGGCAUGUGGCACAGGAGCUGCUGGCCCUGGCAGAGCGGACGUGCUGCCAGAUGUGUCCCUGCACCUGUGUGGGGCUGCCCGGUCCACGAGGUCCUGGUGGCCCCCGGGGGGGCAAGGGGGUGACAGGCAGCAAGGGACGUGCUGGAGACGAGGGCGAGCAUGGGCACAGCGGGGAGCAGGGACCGCGAGGUCUCCACGGCAGCCGAGGGAUCCAGGGGUGCCCGGGGCAGUGUGGACCGAAGGGCUUCGUGGGUCACCCUGGGGAGCAGGGAGCUCCUGGAGAAGCUGGCUACGAUGGCCUGGAUGGGGAGCAGGGGCAGAAAGGCUCCCGGGGUGCCCGGGGGGAGAAGGGACCCCCAGGCCCUCGUGGUGAGGUGGGGCCACCUGGGAGGAGAAGCCUGGAGCCUGGCCCCCCAGGGUGGAGAGGAGAUGGGGGUCCCCAGGGAGACCCCGGCCAGGAUGGUCCCCCGGGGCCAGUGGGACCCCCAGGUCCCCCCGCUCACCCGGGGAAGAAGGGGAACCGUGGCAGCCCUGGCCCUGGGGGACAGAAGGGCUAUGAAGGUGCCCAGGGGCUGCCGGGGCCACGGGGGACGAAGGGUGCCACCGGCCACCUGGGGAGCAGAGGACUUCAGGGUUUGCCCGGAGCCGAGGGCUCCCAGGGAGCAGCUGGCCCAGUUGGCCCCAAAGGGGAGAAGGGGCAGGCAGGAGCCGAGGGCAGGAAGGGGAGCAUGGGACCGCGGGGGCCCAAAGGUGCCCUGGGCGCUCGGGGCCUGCUGGGAUACCCCGGGGCUCAGGGUGACGGGGGCGAGAGAGGAUCCCCAGGGGACAAGGGCGUGCGAGGGCUGCCUGGGCGCAGGCCUUGCGAGCUCAAGGCUUUCAUCCGCCGGAGCUGCGUCACCACCUCGCCCUCCUGCCCGCUGUUCCCCACUGAGUUGGUUCUGGUGCUGGAAACCUCAUCCACGGUGCCACCAGCCCUCUUCUCCCGCAUGAAGGAGCUGCUGGCCCUGCUGCUGCGGGACCUGCAGAUCUCCCCGCUGGGCUGCCCGGCGGGGGCCCGGGUGGCUGUGCUGGCCUACGCGGCCACCCCCACCUACCUGCUGCGUGCCGGGGAGGUGGGGAGCAGGGCCGCGCUGCUGGGACGCCUCCACCGCCUCUCGCCCACCCGCUCCUCCCGGCGCGGCCGCCUGGCCGCUGCCAUGCGCUUCGUGGGGCAUCACACGCUCAAGAGGGUCCGGCCAGCCGCCCUGAGCAGAAAGGUGGUCCUCUUCGUCACCAGUGGCCAGAACCAGGACCUAGAGGGCAUCGGGGAGGCUGCCCUGCAGUACGAAGCCCUGGGCAUCAUGCCGGCGGUGCUUACCUUCAGCCCGCUGCCCGAGGUGGUGCGGGCUUUCCAGGUCAACAGCCUCUUCCGAGUGGUCCAGCUCUCUGCAGAGGAGCCGGCUGGGGACGCGGCGGUGCUGCGGGAUGCGGUGCUGCCCUGCGUCCUCUGCUUCGACCUCUGCCACCCUGAGGUCUGCACCGCAGCCGUGCCGUCCCCUGACCUGCUGGACGUGGACUUGGCCUUGGUGGUGGACAACGCGGCCCUGGGGAUGCCAGCGGAGAGGCUGGAGGCCAUCAGCGAGCUCUUCUACCGCCUUCUGGGGCACCUGCAGCUCGCGGGGCCGGAUCUGGCGCAGGGUGGCACCCGCGUCGCCCUGGUGCUGACGGGCCCCUCCACCCCCGGGCAGCGUUUGGCCGAGGUCCCCUUUGGGCUGCUGGGCUCCAGGGAGCAGCUCCGGGAGCGCCUCCGCCUCGCGCUGGUGCCCAGGGCAGCCACGGCAUCCACCAGCGGCACGGUGGCGUGGACCCUCCGGCAUGCCUUCCUGCAGAGCUCCGGCAGCCGGCUCCGCGUCCUCUUCGUGGUGGGGACAGGGGCCGCAGUGCUGUGGGACAGGGAGGCGCGGCAGGCACUGGCCCCCUUCACCUGGUGCGAGGAUUUUGGCAUCUUGGUGCUCUCCCUAGGGCGAGCCGGGACGGAGCGGCCGGAGGCGGCCGUGCCUGAGGCGCUGCCAGCGUGGCGGUACCACUCCCUGCGCCUGGGCUCGGUCCACCCGCCUGAGAUGGGGUACGCGGAGAGGACGGCGCUGGGCUUCCUCAGGAGACUGCGGGUGGAGAGCAGCCAGCGGCCCAGCACCCCAGGGUGCCCCCAGGAGCUGCCCGCCCCCGGCACCAGGACCAGCGAGCCCCCCCCGGGGACCCCUGCGCAGACCCCCAAGGUCCCCACCGUGGCCCGCACCGGGAUGCCCACAGCAUCCCUUGGCCCCAGCAAGGGCCGGAGGGCUGCGGCCGUUCCCGGACCGUGCGCCCUGGACAAGGACCCUGGCAGCGCCUGUGCCCCCUUCUCCGUGAUGUGGUACCACCGGUGGGAGACAGGGUCCUGCGAGCGCUUCUGGUACGGGGGCUGCGGGGGCAACGCCAACCGCUUCGGCAGCAAGCGGGACUGCAUCCGCGCCUGCACGGAUCCGGGUCCCGACAGAGCCAGCGUGGGCGAGAGCAACGUGACGCAGGCCGCCUGCCUGGAGGCACGGGAUGCGGGGCCUUGCCACUCCUUCUCGCCCAAGUGGUUCUUCGAGGGCCACCAGCACGGCCGUUGCUCACUCUUCUGGUAUGGGGGCUGUGGCGGCAGCUGCAACCGCUUUGAGAGCCAGGAGCAGUGCGAAGCUGCCUGCCUGCCACCGGGCAGGGCGAGCCCCCCGACCCCCCGCCCUGCCAACACCUCCGCCUGCACCCCUGCGCCCAGCUGCCGAGGCUGA